ACUUAUUGUAAGUCGCUUUGGAUAAAAGCAUCUGCUAAAUGACUGUAAUGUAAUGUAAUGUUGUAGAAGAAGGAACAUCCCAAUCCAAAGUUCAUUUCUAUCAGAUCCUUUCACAGGAGGAACCUGAGCUUAUAGCUUAUUUUGGUAAGCCAAACCUGUAAAUAUGUGUGUUAAACUUCAGCACGAGGCUGGACGGUAUGAAUUUGCCAUAUGGUAAUGUAUUUUGACUGUACCGUGCUGAUUGGUAGAGCCUUGAGAUGCACCGAUCCAUCUGCUGCCAAUCGAAACUGGCCGUUUUUCAGAUGAUCGGCCGUUUCAUAUAUUUUUUUUUUUGCGGAUCAUAUUUACACUCAUGUAAAUAUCUCAGCCCUUUAUGUGAAAAGAUCAAAUUUAGAGUUGUUGGUUUAUAUUUAUUUUAGGAUGGUUGAAAUUAUGACAUGCAACUACCUUACCUUUCCCCUUCAGAAGCAUUGUAUAUUGACAUUUUAGGAAAAAUGUAUAUAUCAUGAUACCAUCCAUGCUUCAAAAUUAUACCGUAAUAUUAAUUUUAGGCCAUAGCGCACAGCCCUACAUCAGCAUAGUUUUUUUUAAAUUAAAUUUGUUACCUAGGGAUGUGGGGAAUAAGUAGGCAAUGAAGUGAAAUACUACAACUAGAAAUAUUAGUCAGUUAAAUGUAAUUAUUUUGUUAAUGUACACAUUGAAAUGGCAUUGCUGUCUCAUUUUUUGCGGGGCGGCUCCUCCUCUGUUAUGAUCUAAACUCUGAAUCACUUGCAUCUCGGCGUGUUCUCUUGGCCCCCGUCUGCCACCGCCUCCUCUUUUAGAAACAGAGGUUAGCAUUCAGCAGUCCAUCUGGUUCCCUCCUAAUCGACUCGAUUGGCAGUAGAUGGGCUUUAAUCGAAUACUAUGUUUUUUUACACACAAAGCUUUGAUUUGUGUUCUCGAAUGAAACUUUCAAUAUGAAUUCUGUUGUCAUAUUUUAUGACAUUAUCAUCCUAAAGAAAUUGGGAAAAAUAAGAUUUUGUGUUAUUGUGGUUAUAUAGAUAUAAUGCUCUUAGAUUGGUGGUAGACCGCCACGUUAUUUAAGUGCGUGAGGGAGAGUAAACCGCUUUUUGACCGCAGUGCAAAUGUAAGUUCUGAAAGGCUAAAUGCCAACAUAUAUGAAUUAAAGCAGACUAUUUCGUUAAAUAAAAACAUUUUGUGAAUUUAGCGAAUUAUUACGUCCAUCUUUUUCAAUACAUUUUUACUUUUGGACUGAGGGCUGCGACAAUUGACGUUACAGGGAUUAAGGCUGAGCACCGAGUUGCUCGCUGUGUGUGUGUUUUUGUUUGAGAGAUGUGAAGAGAAGGUGGAAGGUAAUACAAUUUGCACGCUAUCUUAGCGUGCAAAUUGUAUACCUUGGCAUUGGUAUAUGCAAUGCCAAGACAUAACUCUUCUUAGUCCACAUUCCCCACUGAUUUUUUUAACCAAAUAUUUGGGUUUGGAGCAGACACUGGGGAUAUACUGAUUUCUGUGGCAUUUAAAAUACAAUUUAGUUUUUGAACUAUGUGAUUAAUAAUUUCAAAGAGAUCUCAUACACGAUGUUUAACCUUAGAAAUUAAACUGUGCUCAAAUUUGACUGUGUGUUUGAUUAAUUUAAGACUUCAGCCCCCCUAAAAUAGGCCUAACAACGCCCCUGGUAUGUCUAAAUGGCCGAGAGGGGGACGAUACAAUACAUGUUGUUGUACUUGCCUUUCUUUGUGUUUUCUUCCUGUGUUUUUGGUUUCACUAAAGAGGAUUACAUGCUGGACAUACAUUUGUGUUUCAGUUGGCUCUGUACCACCAUCUUAUCUGUUGUCAAAAUGAAACGUUUUUUUUCUGGCCUGGUUUAACACAGUAUCGGAUGCAGUACACUGGCAAGUGAUAUUCUGUUCUUUUUUCAUGACCAACAGAGCAAAGACAAAAGAACAGCAGAAUGACCCAAACCGAGCAUAAGUGGAUAAUGGACAACAGAACAUUAGAAGACAAACAAACACAAGCCGUCAGAAAAACCAAGAGGGAAACUAUUAGAAGACAAAGACAAUUGACAUGUCAAGUAUUGGGAGAGAUUGAAAAACAUUUGGAGGAGACACAAAGAGAGAGAGAUGAAAUGAACUACCUGAAGACAAAUACAGAGCAACAACAGGAGGACGUUGACAGACUGACAGCUGAAAACCAUGAGCAGCACUUAAUAAAGAGACUGAGAUUUCAGAUAGAAAAUGUUAUUGAGAAACUCGAGGAGAGUAAAAAUGAAGCUACUCAGGAAAAAAUGCAACUUCUGAAAAUGCAGACUGAAAUAUACCAAGAGAGGGAAACUCUGGAAAGACGACGUUAUGAGCUCAUUAAUGAGCACCACAAGUUCAUAAUGACCAAGUAUAAUCAUACAAAAUCGAAAGAAAGUAAGGAAUGCAUGGAGCAGAUAAAGAGAGCCCAGCAGAUAACAGAGAUGAUAGCCGACAGUCUGCUGAGUCGAAUUAAAGAAAAUAAGAAAAUAAUGCUUGAAGCAAAGCAGGCAAAAGAACAAAUGGAGAAAAUCACGGCAGACAUAAAGCAAGAGAUAAAGAGAAAUAAAAAAGUUAUUUCACAACAUCAAGAUCACAUUUACGACAUCAAACAUAUUAUGAAUGUAUAUAUCAACCAGAUGAAGCAAGGGUGGACCAAACCUCAAAGCAGGGAAAGGCAGAAAGAAGACGAAGACAACUCUGAAACUGUCAUAAUUGAUCUCAGCAGAAUCCAGGAAGAGAUGGAAAAACUUUGGGAGGUGCUAGAAGAGGGUGAACUACAACUGGAAGUGACUGUGAGAGAGAAGCCGGAGCUUAGGACAGACAGUGGACGAAUGGAAAAUAUCAAAUCUGAUUCUCAAAAGCAAAGAGAAAACACAGAUGUAAGCAUGAAGACAACACACUGGGAAAUGGAGAUAGAGGCUGAUAUGCAGAAGCAAAAUCAAAACCUAGAAAACAAGUUGGCACAGGUCCAAUCUGAAGAAGAUGACAUACAAAACAUCAAGACUAAAAUACCCAUGACAGUCAAAACAUAGAGAUAGACAGGCAGAUAGCUCAAGCAGAAAUGAAUGCAAUGAAGUCUGUACAGGGGAGUUCUGAAAUGGAAACACAGAAGCCAGACGACAACUUACAAAGGACAAAGAAAGAGAUAAGACAGAUGGAAGGGAUGAACACUGGUCAAAUCAUAAGAAUGAGCAGGAGAGCAAAGGAAGAGUUCAGUAGGAUGAGGGAAGAGACUGAACCUGCUAAACAAAACAUGGAGGGAAGACAAGCUAAGACUGAGGAGCAGAGGUCAGAACAUAUAGAGGACAGAUUUGAUGAGCAGAAGAUUCAACAGAUGGACAGAACCAGAGACAUAAUACAACAUGAAGAAAAUCAGUUUGAGGAAAACAACAUAGACCCAAGCAACACGAAUGAAGUGAACACUGACAUGAAGAGAGAGAUUCUUGAAGUAGAAGAAAUCAGAAAGAUGUGUCGGGUAAGAGAAGAUGCAAAGCGAAGCAGGAGGAACUUUACAGAAGAAAAGAGCCAAAUCCAGUGGAUGAAUUUUACAGUUAAAAAAAAGAGACUAGAACUUGACCAACGGCUGGAGAGGACCAGGAGAGAGAGGGAUGAGGUAGAAAUCAUGAAGGUAAAGAUACAACAACACAGGAAAGAGGUGGAACAAAAGCUAAAAGACACAAUAACUACCAUUCGGACUAUGAGUGAGAUAAAAGCCAGCAUGGAAAAAGCUGCUGCAGAGAUGAACAUCACCAGGGAGGAUAUGCUCAAAGUCCAAAGAGAGAUGGAACAGAACAAGGAAGAGGUCAAAAAGAACAUGGUAAGUAAAUAUUUCUCUUUUCAUUUUCUUUUUAAUCUUGGGCCAGUAAUAAGCCAUUUCCAUAUUUUAAAACAUCACAGUUGUAUUCAAUGUAGACAUUAAUUAUUUUGAGCAUAACCAGCAUAAAAGUAUCUUUCAAUAUUGUUCCAUUUCAUUAAUCAUUAAAAUAAAAACAUAAAAAAUCAGAAGAUAAGAGAUUCUAAUGACCUAGCCCCAACUAAGGAUAUUAAAGAAGCAUUAGAAUUUUUAAUUACUUCAUGCAAUAGUUUCCUUUUUGUAGCUUUACAGAAUAAGUAUAGUAGAAAAACAGACAUUUAAAUGUAAUUCAACAUUUUCAAUGCAAAGCUUAGGUAAAGCUUUGCAUUGAACUAUAUAGAUAUAUAUAUAUAGUUGAUCGAUAGGCAUAGCUUAUUCAAGUCUGGUAUUAUUACUUUUACUUAAGUCAAAUAUGUGAGGACUUCAUCCAACACUGCUGCCUGCCACAGCAACAUAGCAGUGAGUUUAAUGAUUUGUGGGAUGCAUAACUGUAACGCUCGCUUGUCAAUACGAAAUUGAAGUGUGAGGGUCUAUAUUAAAAACAGUGGUUUUUACUCAAUUUAUACAACCAAGAUUAAUAUUAAUUAAAGCUGCAAGCAGUAUUGAUCGGGCCCUCACAACUUCACGCUCGUUGAGGGUACUGAAAGGACUCUGGUUGACACGGUCAAGCAUUUCUGUGACCAUCAUACUGCAUGCACGAGUUAGAUGAUAUUUUUUGCGUCGACCAGCAGCGUAGCAAGAUCAUGUUGCCAGGUCUUAAGCCUCAAAUGUUUAGAGUGUACCUCCGAAUACAAUUAUCAAUGUAAGCCUUUAAAGAUCAUUAAGAAAAUAAAUGUGUGUGAAUGCGCUUCAGUGUUUGUAACAUAACAGA